AUGCAUCUUCCGGUACCAGCAGUUCUCAUUGGAGCUUUCAUUAGCACCUCUUUGGGGGCCUCCCUCGGAGUCAUCGACCAAGAUCGCCAAUGUCUGAUAUGGUCCAACGAUAGCCAUGCAUGUACAGGUUACUCUGAACCUUUUGCAGAGAUCAAUGGAACCGACUGUUCAGAAUUGAGUGAGCUCGUAAACGGCACGCGCAAGGACUUCUCUACUGUCAGUGUAGGAGCGUGUGGGACUGAAGAUGGCAAGGAUGUCGCUUGGAUAACGAUCACCCACACAGGUGAAGUCACUUUCUUCAACCAGAAUGGUGACAAGUCAGGAUGUACUUUGAAUAAUGGACUUCGAGUUGGUAGUUGGUGCAGUGCAUCUGAUUAUGAGUUAUCGACCGAGACUGGCUCAUCUUCUGUGCCGAUGAUCUCAACUACGGCAACAGUCUCGUCUUCGAGCACAGUCUCGUCUUCGAGCACAGUUUUUCCAUCGGCUACAGUAUCAGACAAAUCCGCGACUUUCACGUCCACCAGCGCCUGCCAUUAA